AUGGGCUUCUUCCUACGUGAUGUACAUCGACAAAUACAAGAUCUGUACGAAGAACAGGUUAGCGCCUAUGAUGGCGAAUCUUUUGUGGUUUAUCGAGGACAAGGUCUUAUGAAAUUAGACUUCGAAAAUGUCCAGAAAGCACAAGGCGGGCUGAUAUCAUUGAAUAAUCUCUUGUCUACCAAUACAAAUGAAAAAGUAUCGCUCAGUUUUACUCGAGAUGCUUCGACAAAAGUCGAUACGGUGGGCAUUUUCUUCAUAAUGUCCAUUGAUCCUUGUUUAACAUCGACACCAUUUGCUUUCAUCAAAGAGGAGAGUUAUUUUAAGAGAGAAAACAAAAUUCUCUUCUCAAUGCACACUGUUUUUCGAGUGACUGUAAUUAAAGAAAUGGUUAAUAAGAGUCUACUUUAUCAAGUCGAAUUACAAUUAACCUCGGGUGGUGAUCAAGAAUUAGAAGCACUUAUCGAUCGAAUAUGA